UGGAACGCGCGGUGCCAGCUCUGCAGAAGCAGACGGCGGGGCUCGUCCGCACGGUGACAUCCCGGCCUCGAGGACCCGGACCCCGGCUGCAGGCCGACUUGGGGAGGCCCCCCGGACCCCCUGAGUAGGCGACGAGGCGGGUGUGGCGCCCGGAGCCCCGCAGCCCCUGUGCCCGCUGCGCCUCCGCGCCCUGCCCGCAGCUCCUGCCCGCGCGCGCCGGGAUGGGGUAGGGGGCAGCGCCUUGGGCUCGGGCGAUGGGCCGCCCCCUGGGCACCCAACAGCCCCCCGAGGCCUGAGAAACCGGACUGCGAGGACGGGCAGAGGAGCCCCGCCUGGAUGUUCAGCGGAUGCCCACGCGCCCCUCAGCCCUGCCCGUGGGGACCAUGGCUGCGCUCAUGCCCCUCUCCCCCUAUCUCAGCCCCACGGUCCUCCUGCUGGUCAGCUGUGACCUGGGUUUUGUGCGAGCAGACCGGCCUCCUUCUCCUGUGAAUGUGACGGUCACUCAGCUCAGAGCCAACUCGGCCACUGUGUCCUGGGACGUCCCAGAAGGCAUCAUUGUCAUUGGCUACUCCAUUUCUCAGCAAAGACAGAAUGGCCCAGGCCAGCGUGUGAUCCGGGAGGUGAAUACCACCACGAGGGCCUGUGCCCUUUGGGGCCUGGCCGAGGACAGCGACUAUACGGUGCAGGUCAGAAGCAUUGGCCUCCGUGGGGAGAGCCCCCCUGGACCCCGGGUUCACUUCCGAACUCUCAAAGGUUCUGACCGGCUGCCCACCAACACCUCCAGUCCAGGGGACAUCACGGUGGAGGGGAUAGGCAGAGAGCGGCCCCUUCAGACCGGGGAAGUGGUCAUCAUCGUGGUGGUGCUGCUCAUGUGGGCCGCUGUCAUCGGGCUCUUCUGCCGCCAGUAUGACAUCAUCAAGGACAACGACUCCAACAACAACCCCAAGGAGAAGGGGAAGGGGCCAGAGCAGAGCCCUCAGGGAAGGCCAGUGGGGACGAGACAGAAAAAGUCACCCUCCAUUAACACCAUUGACGUCUGAAUGAAGAAGCGGAGCCCCAGGAGAGAGGCGUUCCCAGCCGGCCUGGGGGUGGCCUGGGGGUCAGGGUGAGCAUAAGGUGGAGAUCGAAGGACCCCAUAGUGCCCCAGAGAGCAAAGUCCCUCCCACAGUCUCAGGCCUAACCCCCAUCCUCUUUCCACUGUGAGCAGGGCCAGAGGUAGGUCUGUUCCAGUCUGUGCCCUGGACGUGGGGAAUGGAAAUCUGGUGAGCUGCAUUCCUUGGCUCCCCACACGUCCAGGGAAGAGCCCUUUGUCUAAUCCUAUCCCAUUCGGUCCUUAAUGGGGACCCCAUUUCAACUGCAUCAGGGCUCUCAGCCUCCCCAGCUGCACCUGUAUACUGCCUCUGGGUCUCAAACAGGGGUGUUUGGGCGGGUACCCCCACCCCAUACGGCAAAGCAAGGGCCUGGCCUGGACCUGGAGGCAGAUACCGCCCUACACUACUCCAAAGUCUUCCAUGGAGCCUCAGGUGCUCCCCUGGCAGCCCCUCCAGCUACAGCUGAGCCCAUCCCUUGGACACUUUUCCAAUAAAGGUUCUUGGACAAAGAGGAGCUGAGUGUAGAAGAAGAUGAUGAAGAUGUUUUCUCAGCAUCUUUUCAUGGUGAGGGCCCCUUGCACCAUCACACCCACAUAGGAACUGAUAUAGGCUGGGCUGGAUGCAGUGGGGCCCAGAGGAGGUGUACGAAACUAGAUCCUGUCAGUCUAUGGGGAGAAAAAGGGAGAAUUCUUCUUCUUGCACCCGGGAACAAGAAACUGUUUUGUCUUCACUAUUCACAUGGGCAACCCGGCUCCUCUCCGUUUAGUCCUCUGCAUAGACCCCUCACGAAUCCCCCUAUAAAAGUAGGGCUAAUGGUCAAAAGUGGCGGCCCCUUCGGUACCACACGCUCUGUCCUUUAUUGUGCCUAUUCUCCCCGGCCCUUGCCUUUCCUUCUGUCUGUCUCUGAUUCUGUUCAUUCCAAGGCAAUAAUAAUUGUAAAGCAUAAAUAAGUUUGUAAUCACACUCUGCAACCAUAUCCAGAGGAUUCUGAAAAUAAAAUUAAGAGGUUGUAA